UGAAUGCAAAGCCGAGCAUCCAAUAUCGAUCAGAGCAACUGUGGCUUCUUUGGACAGGUCCGGGUGCGCAGUCACGUUUAUUUCAGCCCCCGGGCUCGCCCGACCCAAUCCUUUUUUUCUUAGCUGCCGCCCAGGCGUAGUCUCGACUACUUUAUGCUCCUCCACAGGAGCUCACUGGAACGAACACAGUCACCACGUUUGCCAGUCAGCUACGCCGACACUUCUCCGGUCCUGGUUGAUAUCGUGAACAACUCGAUGCUGCAAUAGACUUCUAUGGCGCCUCGCGGUGUCUAUCAUUUGCUCUCCGCCAUGUAUCCUCGAACGACACCCACAGGCCAUCCGCGAGGUCUCCGAUCGCUCCCUCGACGCUUCCAGAUCCUGUUCGGCUUCAUCGCGUUCAUAAUCACCUAUGUCAUACUCUUUGGCACGCCAAAUCGCAACAGUAUACCGACUGUGGAAGACCUCAAGCAUCCGAGCAUUCCGAACAAAUUAAACCCUUUCGCACCGAUCGCACAUAAGGCUCCGCCAGUUCAGGCGAACAGCACAAGGGGAGACUCUUCUUGGUUCAGCGAUUGGAAGUGGCACAGUCCAUUCUCGUCUACGAUCACUCUGGAUGAGAACCGCGCGUUACUGCCUCCUCUCGAUGACCGGCCGAUUGUAUACACGUUCUACGACGAAGACACGAAGAAGAGCGAGGAAACGCUAAGAGCAGAGAACGAUCUGCUGCUGAUAUGGCGCAGAGCAUGGUGGGCGCAGGGCUUCAAGCCGGUGGUCCUAGGCCGUGGGGAAGCCAUGCAGAAUCCCUUGUACGGCGCGAUGCAGCGUAUGGGGAUACAGCCGGAGCUGGAGGUCGAGAUUGCGAAAUGGUUGGCGUGGGCUACAAUGGGCACCGGGAUCCUGUCAAACUGGCUAGCACUACCAAUGGCCGCAUAUGACCACCCAGAACUGGUGUCUUUGCGACGGGGCGAGUUCUUGACCAAAAUCACCAGUCUCGACAAGAUGCAGAGCGCAAUCUUCUAUGGCGAGCGGGAAACGAUCAGGAAGACAAUCGAGACCAUCAUCCGCAAGGCCGACUUUAAGACUGCGAAGACUAUCAUGGAUGUGCUUCCCAAGGAUGAAAUCAAUGUCGAAAAGUCCGGAGGUGCCAUUGCCUAUUACGACGGGACCGUCCUCGAGUCCAAAUACAAAUCCGUUUUCGAAGACCUCCGAAAGGAUGAUAAGGCGAAUGGAUUGAAUAAGCUUGCAACCUUGAUCAAUGCGCAUCUUCAUACCACCUGGCAAAACAGCUUCUCCUCCGGCAUCGCCAUCCUCAAGCCUCUACCACAACACACCUCUGCACUUGUCGAGAACGCGCUCGACAUCGCCCGCAAUCUCACGCAAUGCCCCCUCAACCCACUCCCGACCUCAUGCCCACCAAACCAUCGAAAAUGCACUCCCUGCACCGGCUCAGGCAACACAAUCGCCUACCACAGCCACUACCAAAACAAAACCACCCUAUUCACCAUCGGCACCGUCCCGCACCCCUACACCCUCGCCUCCCUCCACUACCAACAAGACGCCAUCACCGCCCAGACCGUCCGCCGCGACUUCAAGACCCACGACCUCUGGCUCGAAGAAGUAACCGCCGACCUCCUCCCCGCCAAAACCAGCGCCGAAGCCCGCGUCGUCCGCUUCAAGGAAGCCGUCGCCGGCAUCCACGGCCGCCACCACUCCCUCUGGCUCACCGCCGAGCGCGAACGCGCCGCCGACCUCGACUGGCUCUUCGGCUUCAAAGUCCCGGACUUCCCCCCCUUUGACCGCGACCGGCCCGCUGCACCCAAGGGCGACUUCGCCCCGCUCUCCGACGCGGAAGCCCAGGCCGAGCACGCCCUCCUGAGCAAGGCCCGCGACGUCGUGCGUAGUUCCGUCCACGAGGUCGUCCGCGUCAGGGACGUGCUCGAGGCCUGGAGUCUGGCGGAUACGGAGGCCUGGCGGUUUGCGAAGGCGUGGAGUGCGCGUCGGAAGGUCGAGAGGGAUGUCUGGGAGCAGGGGGAGAAGGGGUUUGCGGGCGCGGAGGGCGGGCGGAGGGAGGGGUGGGUGGAGGAGGGGAAGAAGGAGGGGAAGGGGCGGUGGGAUGAUUGA